CGCAGCAUCAGCAGCGUCACCGGAGGAGGAAGAGAGACGCGUGCACGUCCUCAUUCAAAGCUGUUUUACAAAGGAGCUGAAAGCAUCACUCGUCUGGGUGUGGUUGCGGUAAGAGGAUGAGGAUUCUGUUGUGUCUGCUGUCUCUCAGCUCUCUGGUUCUGAGCUACGCAUUGGGUGGGGAUGUGUGCGUGUCUGGUCACGACAGUGGGCCGGUGUUUGAGGAGCAGCCGUAUAGUCUGAUUUACCCUGAGGGGAUGCCAGAAGGCAAGGUGACCCUGAGCUGCCAGGCUCGCGCCAGCCCUGCUGCUAUUUACCGGUGGCGUGUGAACGGCACUGAAAUAGCAUUUGUUGAGGAUUCGCACUACACACAGGUUGCAGGAAACCUUGUGAUCAAUAAUCCCCAGCAUGGGCGAGAUGGUGGGUCAUACCAGUGUCUUGCCAUCAACCGCUGUGGCACCAUUGUAAGCCGUAUGGCUAACCUCAAAUUUGGCUAUCUCCAUGAUUUCCCCCCUGAGAGCAGAAGCCCUCAGACGGUCCAUGAGGGUAUGGGAACCUUUCUUGCCUGCCAGCCACCAGCUCAUUACCCAGCUUUGUCCUACCGCUGGUUCAUCAAUGAGUUCCCCAACUUCAUCCAGCCAGAGGCGGGCAGAUGGUUUGUUUCUCAGGUGACGGGUAACUUAUACCUUGCUAAUGCUAGAGCCAAUGACACGGGCAACUAUUUCUGCUUCACCACCAUCAAUAUGGACAUCAGCACCAAGAGCAUCUUCAGCAAAGCUGUCCAACUCACUGUUUACCCUGAUGCAAACCCAAGGAAAGCCGCCCCGAAUAUCCGAGUGCGUUUUCCUGCUGAGACAUAUGCAUUAUCAGGACAAACUGCACAGCUUGAAUGCUUUGCCUAUGGCAAUCCCAUUCCUAAAAUCCGCUGGAGGAAGGUGGAUGGGAUUUUGCCCCCUAAGGUUGGAGCAAGUGCGGAAAGACCCAUUUUAAUUAUUCCUGAUCUGAAUUUUGAUGACGAGGGCAUGUAUGAGUGUGAAGUUUACAACUCAGAGGGUCGUGAGACACAUCAGGGACGCGUCACUGUGCAAGCCCAGCCUGAGUGGCUUCAGGUCAUGAGUGACUCUGAGGUGGAAAUCAGUUCAGAACUGCAGUGGAGCUGUGCCGCUGCAGGCAAACCAAGACCCACCAUUCGCUGGCUCCGUAACGGACAGCCCCUCAUCACACAGGACCGUGUGGAAGUGAAUAAUGGACGACUGAGGAUCGGGAACCUCGCUCUGGAGGAUUCCGGGAUGUAUCAGUGUGUGGGCGAAAACAAACAUGGCACCAUUUACUCAAACGCUGAGCUCAGAGUUCAAGUCCAGGCUCCAGACUUCAGGUUAAAUCCAGUGCGUAAGCUGGUUCCUGCUGCCCGUGGUGGACAGGUUAAAUUGGAGUGUAAACCUCGGGCGGCUCCCAAACCCACUCUCUUUUGGAGCCGUGGCACAGAGCUACUGACCAAUAGUACUAGGAUAACAGUCACUCCAGACGGGCUUCUGUGGAUAUUCAACAUCAGUCGUGCCGAUGAGGGGAAGUACACCUGCUUUGCAGAAAACUACCUUGGCAAGGCCAACAGCACAGGGCACCUGUCUGUCAGAGAUGCCACAAAAAUCACUCUAGCACCCUCUAAUGCUGACAUCAAUCAGGGCGAAAAUGUCUCUCUGCAAUGCCAUGCGUCACAUGACCCUACUAUGGACCUCACCUUCACCUGGACCCUCAAUGGAGCUCUGUUGGACCUAGAGGAAUCAAAUGGACACUAUCGGCGCAUGGAGGGGAAAGAGACGAUCGGUGACCUGGUGAUUGUGAACGGACAGCUCAGUCAUGCUGGCACAUAUACUUGCACGGCCCAGACGGUGGUGGACAGCGCGGUGUCCUCGGCCAAGCUAGUCGUAAGGGGCCCACCAGGACCUCCUGGAGGUUUGGUGGUGACUAGUGUCAACGACACAUCGGUUGAGUUGAGAUGGAGCCGUGGAUAUGACAACCACAGUCCCAUUGGCAAGUAUAUCAUCCUGGGCCGCUCCUCACAGACUCACGACUGGAAGAGGAUGAGGACAGACCCUGCAAACAUAGAAGGAAAUGCUGAAUCUGCACUUGUGAUAGAUCUUCGACCCUGGAUGGAUUAUGAGUUCCAGGUCAUUGCUAGCAACAUCCUGGGAAGUGGAGAACCAAGCAUGCCCUCCCAGCCUGUCCGAACCAAGCAAGCAGCACCAACUGUGGCGCCCAGCGGACUUGGUGGAGGUGGAGGAAACCGUAAUGAACUUAUCAUUACAUGGACUCCCAUGGUCAGGGAGUAUCAGAAUGGAGAUGGCUUUGGGUAUAUUCUGGCAUUCAGAAAGCAAGGCAUGCCAACAUGGACGGUGGUGAGGGUUCCACACGUGGAGUCAUCACGAUAUGUUUACAGCAAUGAGAGUCUGUCAGCCUACUGCCCUUUUGAGGUCAGAAUCAAGGCCUACAACAAGAAAGGAGAAGGUCCCUUCAGCCAGAUUGCUGUAGUACACACUGCAGAAGAGGAACCUACUGUGUCCCCACGAAGGAUUAAUGCCACUGCUUUGACAGCUUUUGAGAUUCAAGUGUCCUGGGACCCCAUUCAACAUCUGAACAUUAAUGGAGUACUUCGGGGUUAUGAGAUUCGUUACUGGCGACAACAUGAACGCGAGGCAGCUGCGGACCGAGUGAGAACUGCUGGGCUGGAGAACAUGGCACGAGUCACGGGUUUGAGGCCAAACACUCUUUAUCACGUCACCGUAUUGGCCUACAACAGUGCAGGCACUGGCCCACCCUCCCCAAGAACCACUGUCAUCACCAAGAAACCUCCCCCCAACCGCCCCCCAGGUAAAGUCGCAUGGAAGGUUGCUGGUUCUUGGGUUACUGUGAGGUGGGAUCAUGUUAAAUCCAUGGACAAUGAGUCUGCUGUUCUGGGUUACAAAGUCCUUUACAAGCAUGAAGGGCAGUCUGUCUUGAAGAUACUGGAGAAAAGCAAGACCUCCAUCACUCUGCCGUUACCCAAGGACAAUGGUUAUGUGGUUUUGGAGAUCCGCUCUUGGGGAGAUGGAGGAGAUGGAGCAGCCUAUGAGACCAUAGUGUCUCGAGACUCAGGCACUGGAAUGAUGGUCCAGGACAGCGCUGGCACUUCAGGACCCCUCUGUACAUCUGUUCUUGUGGUCACUGCACUCGUUCUCAUUGGCUCGUCAGGACUGUGAUGUUAGCCAAUGAUAAGUUAUUUCUUAUUAAUAUCACAGAGUAAGGAGCAGGGUUUCCUCACGUCAGAAUGGUUGCGUGUGGUGCAAAGUUUUGGAAAUGUGAGAGGUGGAAGAUUCUUUUGUAUAAAAAGGCUUUUUUACAAGGAUGACUGGUCAUUGUGGAAUACAAAGAGAGUUGUUGUGGGAGACUUUUUGAUUGUGUUAUCAUUUUAGACGCUUGCCUUAUGGAAACUCAAACUUGACUGGUGGUCAUGUCAACAUUUGGUUGUAGUUUCUAAAAUUCAACAACAGCUCUGACUUGUUGAUUUCCUUGUAGAUGUAAAUGCACAUAGAUGUAUUGUUGACAUUCCAUACUGGAUAGAACAAAACCUUUUUUAAUACGUUGUUGCUACUUCAUGGCAGCAUGUGGACCGCAAAAUGAUCCAAAUGAGUGUUUACCUUUUUUAUUUGUUCUUUUCAUUUUUUUUGUGACUAUGUAAUUGGAAGCAAGAGCGGAUCAUGAUUUUUGUUAAGUCUUUUGUAUCGGUGUUGAAUGAUUGUAGCAUUCUGCCUUUCCCUCAGUGUUGUAGUUUUUAAAGAUGAAAGGUUUCAUGAACGCAGCGGUACAACAGAAGCUGAUUUUUGUGUGGUUGUUAAAGUGGGCUUGUCUUGCCAAAGUUAUCGCUCUGUUAUCUCACUCAUUAUUAUUAUUAUUGCCUUUAUCCUAUGUCUUUUUUCUCAAGGCUUACAUAAACAUGACGUCCGUGGGC